UCCUGUCCUGAAGGAAGGUAUGUGUAACCUACUACUGCUCUCCCCCCACCAUCCCACCCCUAUGUGCACUUUUCUGGCAGACGCCCUUGAGCAUUUGAGAGACGGAUGUGAGAGAAUUUUCAGUCUAUUGGAAAACAACCCAACUAAACAUAACAGAUUACAUCAGCUCAGGCUUUUCAAUUCCUGGAUGGCAGUAGCAACACUAAUCCAACCUUCAUCCUGGAUUUCGCAAAGUAAAACAAGGGAGGCUGGCAAGAGGACAGAUUGAGGAAAUUGACGACUGCAGGCCUUGUGGGCAAUAGGCUGUAUAAAGCUCAAAAGCCUGUAUGCUGAACUCCAGCUACUACUUUGGGUUCUUCACUGCUGCAUCCUAGAGAAGACCUCAGGGCUGACUUUUUAAAACCUGUUCUCUGGAGUGAAUAGUGCCUUUAUCACCGAAAGAGAUGAAUGGGUUUCUAAUCUUCACUUUAUUUCUGGUCCCCAUGUAUGUUGGAGCUACCUGGAGUGCAAAAUAUGCAGUAGAUUGCCCUGAGUCUUGCAACAGCAAUGAAUGUAAAAACCCAGUUCACUGCAAGCGGAUGGUGCUGGAUGACUGCGGCUGCUGCAGGGUCUGUGCUGCAGCUUUGGGGGAGACUUGCUACCGGACCGUUGCAGGGAUGGAUGGUGUCAAAUGUGGACCUGGACUGAAGUGUCAAUUUUUUUCUGAAGAGGAUGAUUUUGGUGAUGAGUUUGGUAUCUGCAAAGAGUGUCCUUAUGGUACAUAUGGACUGGAAUGCCGAAGAACAUGCAAUUGCCCAUCUGGCAUAUGCGACAGAGUGACUGGGAAGUGUUUAAAGUUUUCAUUUUUCCAGCUGGCUGUCUCAAAACCUCCCAACCGACGGAAAUUAAUUUCACAUGCAGAAAAUGACAUGGGAUCCGGUGAUGAUAAUUCUGUAAAAGAAGAUUUUGUCAAUGAAAAAGCCAUUCACUCCCCAGUAAUGAAAUGGCUAAACCCUCGCUGAUAUUAACCUAUACGGGACUUUAAACCAAUGCUGUCUUCAGACUUAUAAUUAAUAUUCAACAACCCACUUUAAAGGCCAUAGAUCUCCAGCAAAGGAACUGGUAAUGUGUAAUAAAAUCUAUUCUGUAUAUCAUCUGGAAAAAGAAACAUGAAUUUUCUGUAUAAGACUAUGUACAGUGUACAGCACAUGAUUUUUAGAACAUGUUUUGGUAAUAAUUUGACUAGUAAAUGCAUGAUGGUAGCAAAUGCUUUUUGAAUUGUUGAAUGUAAAAUUACUGUUGAUUAAAAAAAAUACAAGAAUUUAAAACCAGCAGCCAUCUCAAGCCUGAAAGCCCUGCAUAAAAUAUCCAGUCAUCUUAAAAUAAGAAAUGUAUGAUAAUAAAAGUUAGGAAUUGCAGUUUGUAACCAACAUUCUUGAUUGAAUUCUGCAACUUGCUUAAAAUCAGCAGGGGUAAUCAUGCAGCUUUCCAGAUAUGCUACUAGAUUCCAUGGCCAAAAUUACUGAGAUAUUUUCAAAGAAAUGUUCCCUUAAUACAUUUUUAACAUUUACCACUCUCAUUAAACACACUUUCUGUGUCAAAUUAUGACUGAAAGCAACUAUCUUGUCCAAAGCUAGACUGCUUCAGUCUCAACAGCUACAUUGGGAUGGAUUCUGUGCAACCUCAAACUUAAAGCUAAUUUUUAAGAAGAAAGGAUGAAGUGUUUCAUUUAUUUUCAAAAUACCAUCAACUAGAUAUCUGCAGUUUAUAAUAUUCAUCACCAAUUUAGCCAGCACGAGUAGCGGCAGCUGUGUUUUGAAAAGCGUUUUACACACAGAUACAUCACAGUGGCUCUUGAUUGUGUCUAAAUAUUAUAGCCAAUACUCAUUGUGAAUAAUGCCAGGGAUAUGGAACUAAAAGAGCUUCACCAGGACUGUUGGGAAGUGGAAUCAAAGAGGAAACCUUGCUAUUAUCAACAGAAAGGUGGGAGGGAUUCAAACAUUGUCAGCCCCCACAGACCUCAUGAUUGCAUUGCAUUAUGGUCACCAUAAGUUAGAAAUGUCUUGAAGGCAUACAACAACAUCAAUAUCAAUAUACAUGUGUUAUAUUUUACAAAAUAGAAAACACAGAAUUAUAGAGUUGGAAGGCAUCGCAAGAGCCAUCUAGUCCAGCCUCCUAAUACUGAAGAACCAAAAAUGGCAGACUUUGUGAAAUGAUGAGUUUGUUCACACACACACCUCUAGUGGUCAAUUUAUGGCUCUUUUUAUAUUUAAAGUGAGACCCUCCACCAUUUUGCUUUAGAUGUUCAUGGGGCAAAAGUUGGAAAAAGAAAAAGAAUGUCUGCUACUUUUAUGUCUGUUUUGAACCCAUGACAACAUGCUACGUGAGGAUCCGAGCUUUUAAAUAUUUCUCACAAACAUGGCAAUAUACUAAAUGGUUACAUCCAACAUUUACCCAUUCUCAUUUAUUUCAGUGGUAGAAUUGGGCUACAAUCAUAUACAUGCUUAGCUGAGAGUUAGCUGCAUAAACCUCUUCCCAAUGUGGUUGAGAGUAUCAAGAUAUUAAAGAUUCAGAAUAUUUGGAAAGGAAAUGAGCCGUAAAAAGGAAGGGGAGCCGUCUUAAAUGACUACUUUCCCAUUUAAGAAUGUACUGUAAAAGAGUUUGCUCUUAACUUCUGUGCAAUACUUCCACUGUUCUGGGACAGCCAAUCCUAAAUAUUAAUUUUCCCCUUUUGAAAUUAAUGAGAUUUUAAAAGUUUCAGAAUGUUAUCUCCUAGAUUUAAACCGUGUUCUUUACAGAUAACUGAAGUAUAAGCACUAAAAUUAGGAAUGGCUCUGCCUUCCAUAAGAGUAAAAUAAUUUUUUCUCCUUGGCAGCAGUACCAGAAUUUAGGCUAGCUUGAAUAUCUUAGCUGAGUUAGGAAUCUGAAGUGUUCACAAUGAGAGUUGCCAGCACAAUCAACAUUACAGGAGUGCAAACAAUCUCCCUAUUAAGUAAAUGGAUCAUUUGAAAACAAGUAAGAUUUGAAACUUCUCCAGGAAAUUUUGAGUUGAAAUAAAGGGAGCAAGCCGUUCAUGUGGUUUGGCAGGCAGGAUGAGAGAGUUUAUUGAAAUAGUGCUGUGAAUAUUUACAUGAAUUGAACUCUUUUGUCCCGGUCCUUUGCCAAAUAUUCAUGACCGUGCUAGAUCCUUGAAUGUGCAUAUAAUAAACUAUCUGUUAUUAGAAGAUAUUGUUAUUAUUGUUAUUAUUGUUGUUGUUGUUGUUAUAAUUAUCAUUGCUCAAUAAAAUGGAGAAAAAAUAUU